AAGGAUAGCAAUGUCAUCGAUAAUGUCCUGCACAAGACGCGCGAUUACAUAUCAUCAGAACUUGUGGAUGAAGGCAAAAUAAAGUAACUCAAUUUGUGUUUCAGUGUCGACAGUUGAGAAACAGUUCGGUGAUUGAGUGAAAAUUGACUUAGAGGUACUGAUUUGGAGUUUUUGAUCAAGAUCCGAUUCAACAAACAAAUGCAACAUGUACGGAUUGUUGAUAGAAAACUUGUCAGAGUACAUCAAGCAAACGUACGGGGAAGAAAAAUGGGAGGAAAUAAGAAGAGCCGCAGCAGUUGAACAACCCAGUUUCAGCACUCGCCAGGUCUAUCCCGAAGGGUUCAUACCGCGACUGUCGAAAAAAGCUAUCGAGAUUCUGAAAGUGAGCGAGAAGGACUUCUUCGAAGAGAUGGGUGUGUUUUUCAUAAGCUUCGUCGGCCAAUAUGGAUACGAUAGAGUUUUGUCAGUGCUCGGCCGACAUAUGCGGGACUUUCUCAAUGGCCUGGAUAAUUUACACGAAUACUUGAAGUUUUCCUACCCGAGAAUGAAGGCUCCUAGUUUUUUCUGUGAAAACGAAUCUAAACAAGGGCUGACAUUGCACUACAGAAGUAAGAGAAGGGGCUUCGUAUAUUACACCAUGGGACAAAUCAAGGAGGUAGCUAAACACUUCUACCACAAAGAGAUGAAAAUUGAGUUGGUCAGAGAAGAGAUCCUGUUCGAUAUGGUGCAUGUCACUUUUCAAUUGACAUUCGACAAUAGAGCUUUCACCAUAGCCUCAUUAGCGAUGACUAGGGAGGAGAAACAUCUUCCAAUCAAUGCUUCAGUUUUAUUCGAAAUAUUCCCAUUCUGUAUAGUAUUCGGUUCAGAUAUGGUAGUUCGUAGUAUAGGAAAUUCACUGAUGGUGAUUUUACCAGAUCUAGUGGGAAAAAAUAUAACGAAUUGGUUCGACCUCGUACGACCGCUAAUAGAGUUCAAAUUCACUUCGAUUCUAAAUCGGACCAAUAAUAUUUUCGAACUGCUGACAGUCCAACCAGUUUUGAAUGAAAAACCCCAUUCGGAAUUCAAUAUGAAUGACGAAUUGCUACAUGGUGAUGAGACGGAAGUCAGUGAGGAUAGAUUCAUAAGACUGAAAGGUCAGAUGAUUUACAUGGAAAAAUGGAAACUGAUGAUGUACUUAGGGACUCCUGUGAUGCCUGAUCUCAACUCGCUUAUAAACUCUGGCCUUUACAUCAACGAUCUUUCCAUGCACGAUUUCAGUAGAGACCUUAUGUUGGCCGGAACCCAACAAUCUGUAGAACUUAAGUUAGCUUUAGAUCAAGAACAACAAAAGAGUAAGAAGUUAGAAGAAUCGAUGAGGAAACUGGAUGAGGAGAUGAAGAGAACCGAUGAGUUAUUAUACCAGAUGAUACCCAAACAAGUUGCCGACAGACUAAGGAAGGGAGAGAACCCGAUAGAUACGUGCGAGAUGUUCGACAACGUUUCCAUUUUAUUUUCCGACGUCGUUACUUUCACGGAAAUAUGCAGCAGGAUCACUCCCAUGGAAGUAGUUUCAAUGUUAAACGAAAUGUAUUCCAUUUUUGAUGAGCUCACUGAAAGAAACAGGGUGUACAAAGUGGAGACCAUAGGAGAUGCUUAUAUGGUCGUAAGCGGAGCCCCGGAGAAGGAGAAGAAUCAUGCCGAGAGGGUGUGUGACAUGGCUCUGGAUAUGGUGGUCGCCAUUACUGAUUUGAAGGACCCGUCUACCGGUCAACAUCUUCGAAUCAGAGUUGGAGUUCAUUCUGGAGCGGUAGUGGCAGGAAUAGUCGGGCUCAAGAUGCCUCGAUACUGCCUCUUUGGAGAUAGCGUCAACACCGCAUCAAGGAUGGAAUCGAGCAGCGAGGCCAUGAAAAUUCACAUCUCUCAAUAUACAAGAAAACUGUUACCUCCUAGCUACAAGGUUACAGAACGAGGCGAAACUCAGAUCAAAGGAAAAGGUAUUACGUCGCUUCGAGAAUAAUUCCAUCGGCUACCGAAGACUACCAUCCAGAUAUAUAAGCACUACGGACAGGCAGAGAAGGCUGGUCUAGUUGAAAGUGCGCUACGAAGUAAGC